GGCUCGAGCUCGCGGCACGCCGCGACGCCGUCUCUGUGACAGCGCUGCUCAUCAGAGCUCACCGGAAGGCUCUCAGCCACCAAUCGCUGCUAGCUGUCACCGCGACGCGCGCCACAAGACCAUGAGCGAGCAAGCAGCCAUGGACACGAGCGACGCCGCCGCGCCCGAAGAAGACAACGCACGCGCCCAGGUCGACGGCACGCCCGCCUUUAGAAGAUGCCUCGAGGCCGUCCGACUUAAUGAUACGUGCUUCGCGAGCUGGAGUUUGUUGGUCGCCGAGGCCGAGCGGUCCCAAAACCCCUUGCUGGGCGACGUCUACGAACGCUUAUUAGCAGCUUUCCCGCCCCUGUACGGCUACUGGGCCAAGGCCGCGCGGCACGCGGAAAAAGUGGAAGACUCGCUAGCUAUUUUCGAGAGAGGAAUAGAAGCGACGAAAUCGGCGAGUGUGGACCUCUGGGCCAAGUACGCCCAAUACGUCGUCGAGCAAGCGAAAGAAGGCGCCAUCUCCCCCCAAGCGUGCCGCUCUAUCCUAGAUCGCGCCCAGGAAGCUUGUAAAUUUGACCCGCGGUCGCCGCUAGUAGCAGACAUCGUCGCGAGUUACGAGACGGACCCCGCGCGGCAACUUUCGACCGCCCGCACUGCCUUAAAGUCCGCGAGAGCUACUGAUGCCGCGGAAUGUGGCUUCGCGUCCCGAGACGAAGCCUUGGAAAAGCUCACAGCAAUAGCGGAAGGCGCCCCGAAAACAUCGUUCCAGGAGGCCGACGCCGAUGAAUUCCUGUGCGCCGUCGCCGAGGAGUCGAAUGAUGCCGCAAAAGCUGACAGGAUGCGGUCUCCAUAUGAGAGAAGAAUAAGGCGACCUUACUUUCAUGCGAAGCCGUUGGACGAGGAUCAAUUAAGGGCGUGGCGGGCGUACUUGGACUGGGAGGAGGAUAACGGCGAUGGCGAGCGGGUGAGGCACUUGUACGAGCGGUGUCUGGUAGCUUGUUGUGCUUACCCCGAGUUCUGGUGCCGCUACGCUUCUUAUUUAUCUCCGUCGUCUUCCGACGAGGCCGUGGCUGUUUUAGAUCGCGGGUUAUCCUUCCUGAAACACGCGCCGGAUUUACUACUGCUGAAGGCCGCUCUACUGGAGGCUACUGGCGACGUCGAUGGUGCCAGGUUAGUACACGAAUCACUGACGGAACAUUCGGCACCUGGAUUAUUGGAAGCGGUGCUGGCGCACGCGCGGUUUGAAAGGAGAUGCGGUUCUCGGGAAGAUGUGUUGGCCAUCUACAACGGGGCGCUCCCUAGACUCGACGCGGGCUCGGACGCGCGCGGGCUGGUGCAGGCCGCUCUAGCUAGGUUCCAGUUGACGGUGCUAAGGGACGCGAACGCCGCGCGCGUCACACUGGAAAAUGCCAUCCGCGAGGCGCCCCAGUGCCGGGAUUUGUGGGUGGCCUACUACGCUCUAGAAGCGGCCGCGGACGACGCGGCGGCGCCGAAGCGCGUCUCUGCUUUAUUUGCCGCGGCGCUGGACGAUUCCACCGUGAAUUUGCCGAUGGUGGACCAGAAGGCGUUGUGGGCCUUGUAUCUGCAGCACGUCGAGGACAUGGGCCCGGAGAUCGGGCACCUGCUGGAGGUGCGCGAGGCCUACGCGGCGUGGCUCCGGAAGACGCGGCAGCUGGCCUAGUAGGCGUCUUUUUUAUCCCCUUGCUAAGUUCUUCGCGAGUGGUG